AUGAAAUUUCCGACUGAGAAUCCAAGAAAACCAGGGAACAUAAACCCUCCGCCAGUGGAAGUACAGACCAACCUGGUCCCCCCGAAGAAGGUGCAGCCAGGCAUGCUGCAGUCCAGCCUGGUGCACGCCAGCUUGGCCACCAUGCAGAACCCAAUGGGCUGCGCAGUGCCGAGGCUUUCUGUCUCGUCCCGCCCUGCCAGCAUGGUGGUUAGCAUGGAGGCAUUGGCUGAUGGCUCAGCCCCAUUCACCAUGAUGAAACUGAAGACGGUGCUGGCUGUGUUUGUGGUGGUGGUGGCCUACUUGGUGGCAGGGGGCCUGGUGUUCCAAGCUAUGGAGCAGCCCUUUGAAAACAACCAGAAGAUCACCAUCACAGCAGAGAAAGCAUCCUUCCUGCAGAAACACUUAUGUGUGUCCCCAGAUGAGCUGGAGGCUAUCAUCAAGCACUCUGUGGAGGCUGUGAACGCCGGAGUGAGUCCCAUUGGUGACACGUCUUACAACUCCAGUCACUGGGACCUGGGUAGUGCCUUCUUCUUCGCUGGAACUGUCAUCACAACCAUCGGUUAUGGUAACAUUGCCCCAAGCACUGAGGGAGGGAAGAUCUUCUGCAUUCUGUAUGCAAUAUUUGGCAUCCCACUGUUUGGAUUCCUGCUGGCCGGGGUUGGGGACCAGCUCGGUACCAUAUUUGUCAAAAGCAUUGCCAAGGUGGAAAAGAUGUUCCGGAAUAAACACAACCAGAUCAGUCAGACUAAAAUCCGUGUGACCUCCACCCUCCUCUUCAUCCUGGCUGGUUGCAUCCUUUUCGUCACCAUCCCUGCAGUGAUCUUCAAACACAUCGAGGGCUGGACAGCCUUGGAGUCCACAUACUUCGUGGUCAUUACUUUGACAACAGUUGGAAUAGGAGACUAUGUGGCAGGGGGAGACCGGAGGAUUGAAUACCGGAAGUGGUACAGACCAUUGGUGUGGUUCUGGAUCCUGGGGGGUUUAGCCUACUUUGCUGCUGUGCUGAACAUGAUUGGUGACUGGCUGAGGGUACUGUCCAAAAAGACAAAAGAAGAGGUUGGAGGGAUCAAGGCUCACGCAGCAGAGUGGAAAGCAAAUGUGCGAGCAGAGUUCCGGGAGACGCGUCGACGUAUGAGUGUGGAGGUCCAUGACAAGCUGCAGCGAGCCGCCACCAUCCGAAGCAUGGAGAGACGUCAGUUGGGCCUAGACCAGCGUGCAGUGUCUCUAGACAUGCUUUCCCCAGAGCGCCGUGCUAUCUUUAACAGUCUGGACACCAACAACUAUAAAACUUCUUCGCAGGAGAGCAUUGACACCAAGCUGAACAACCUCCGGUUACGCGGAGCCGAGCAGUGCGACCGGCACAACAACCACCAAACUACAUCCGAGGACAACAUUUUCAACCGCCUGGGCUCUGUCACAAAGCUGGCCAAGCGCAACAGGAAUCGUGACCUGAAGAAGAACAUCCCAGAUGAGGGUCGCCGGCCUCACAGUGAGGCCUAUGGCUGCAGCACACCCACCUUUGACUGCAGCAUACCCUUUGCAGAUGAAGGAAUAAGGAAGGACGAAGAAGAGGACGAAAAUGAAGACAAGGAGUGCAAUACUAGCUUGUCAGAUUUUCCACUGUUUGUUGAAGUUUGUAAGCCAAAGAAUGGGUUUUUAUCAGAGCAGACCAAAGAGAAUGAAACCCUUGAAGCAAGAGAGUUGCUUACUGAGAUGGGCCCAUAG